UCAGCCCGGGUGAGGGGAUGUGGAAUGGAGGCCUGGGUGGCCGAUGGAGCCGGUGCCCUGCUGGGACCCUAAACACGACCCGCGCCAAUUCUGUUGAGUUCAGCGGAGUUUAAGGUAGCAAACCUCCAAUUGCCAACCCCAAAUUUCCAUCAUGGAACAGUAUCAUGUGUUGGAGAUAAUUGGAGAAGGCUCUUUUGGAAAGGUGUACAAAGGACGUCGCAAAUACAGUGCACAGAUCGUGGCUUUGAAGUUUAUCCCCAAAGUGGGUCGGUCACAGAAAGAGCUGAAGAACUUGCAGCGAGAGAUUGAGAUCAUGAGAGGGCUUCAUCACCCUAACAUUGUCCAGAUGCUUGACAGUUUUGAGACUGAUAAAGAGGUGGUGGUAGUGACAGAUUAUGCUGAAGGGGAGCUCUUCCAGAUCCUUGAGGAUGAUGGAAACUUACCUGAGGAGCAGGUACAGGGUAUUGCUUCUCAGUUGGUCUCUGCACUUUACUACCUGCACUCACAUCGCAUCCUGCACCGGGAUAUGAAACCCCAGAACAUCCUACUGGGAAAAGGGGGUAUAAUCAAGCUCUGUGACUUUGGCUUUGCCCGUGCAAUGAGUAUUCAUACAAUGGUGUUGACAUCUAUCAAAGGCACGCCACUUUACAUGUCUCCUGAACUAGUGGAAGAGAAGCCCUAUGACCAUACAGCUGACCUCUGGUCAGUGGGGUGUAUUUUGUAUGAGCUGUAUGUUGGGACGCCACCCUUCUACACUAACAGCAUAUUCCAGUUGGUCAGCCUGAUCGUCAAGGAUCCUAUCAAGUGGCCUAAAAAUAUGAGUCCCCAUUUCAAGAGCUUCUUGCAAGGUCUGCUGAUGAAGGACCCUCGUCAGCGCUUGUCCUGGCCGGAGCUGCUCUAUCAUCCUUUCAUUGCUGGACGAGUAACUGUGAUUGAAGAUGCAGCAGAUCAAGGCAUUGCCAACCCAUUCACCAGCAAACUUCCUCCUGAAUUGCAGGCUCUGAAAGAGCAACAGACACACUCAUUGGCCCCUCACAGCGGCCAGUCAAAGAUCCUGAGGAAGGCACGGCAGAAAAUGGCUCAGGAAGCUCAGAGAAAGGGGUUGGGGAAAUCUAAGACUUUGCUUAAGGAAGAAACCACAGAAGGAGUCCAGAGCCACCCACACAAAGCAAACGUUUUGGAUACCGAUCCCAGAGAAGAGAAUCAGGCAGUUCCCAGCAAUGGAGGACAGAGACAUUCUAUUCUAGGAGAAAUAGGAUUAGAAUCGGAGCAAAAAGAGCCAUCCCCUACACCUCGAGAGAACCGGAUUACACAUGAUUAUGAGCAAGAGUUCCCUGAGAGGAGGCCAGAAGGCGGCAGAGCAGAAGCACGAGGUAGACACAGCAUCAAUACUGUAGAUCUGGAGGCAGAGGAGAUGGAUAGUGAUGAAGAGUGGCAAUACCUGAUAGAUGCCACAGAUCCUGCACACAUGCAGCUGAGUGCCCCACUGAGCCUUUUACAAGACCCUGCCUUUGUGCAACGUAUCCACACAUGUUUCAAAGAUUCUGGCCAGCAGGUCCUCGAGGGAAUGCUCGAAGGAGCCUCCCAUCUUCGUCCUGCCCUCCAUGUCAUUGGCAACUUGUUAGGGACUCGUUGUAACUCUGAGCUGCUGUGCACCUUCUGCAGUGACAUAGAUCUUACCCAGUUCCUGAUGCAGCUAGUAGGAAACAUCCUGGACAGCAUCAGCAUUAAGCAGCAACCCUGGCACAUCACUCUGCUGAUAGACCUAAUUGCUGUGAUGUCAGCCUUCUUUGCCAGUGAUUUCAACCAAGAGAAGGGAGGAAAAAAGCAGAGUUUGCAGGCAUUUCACAACUCUGCCAAUCAGUUCCUAGUCCUAUUGCCCGCUUUGCUGUCUCAACCCACAGACAAAGAAGGCAAGCUGCGAGAACAAAGCCUCAUGUGCUUCACCUGCUUGUGUGAGAGCAUGGAUAACACCUGCCCCUCCAUCUCCGUCCCCUUUUACACCAGCCUGCUUGAGGAUCAUCACCUGCUGCUGAAUGCACUUUGCCAAGGUGCCAGCUUGUCCCCGAAAGAAGGAAGCCUAGCACUGGAGUGGAAUCAGAGCUUGGCAGUUGCCUUUACAUCUGCCCUGGCAGCAUCCUGUGGCAUCCCAGGAGGGCACAGCACAUGUCACAGAGCUAAAAAGAAGAUCUCCCAACGAAUAGCUGAGAAGCUCACAGAGAAAGAUAACCAGCUGCUGCCAAGUCUUUUCUCAGGAGUUGAGUGCCCAGCCUCUUUCCUGAAUGGGCUAAAGGUUCUGUAUGCCUGUUGUCAUGUCAGUCAGACUCUGUGCCAUCACUUAGCAACUCCAGAAGUGCUGAGUUCCCUGGUUCACUACCUCCAGGGCAAGGUCCCACUAGCUGAAGUGGCACAAGCACAGUCUGUUGAAGCCUCCCUGAGACUCUUCUCUUUGCUGCUCUUUCAGCUUCAGCUCCUCACACCUCUGUAUGAUGCUGUGCUAAAAGAGACAAUAGAGCUUUUCAACCAUGAGGCAACUACUUCCAUCCUAAGUGCUGCAGGAUUGCUGCUGACCUAUUUCAUCCAGUAUGGUGCUAUGGUGAAACUCAGGCGAGACGAUGCCUUGGCAGCAAUAGCCACUGCAUUUACAGAACCCGCAGAGCUCUGUCUACCACCCCCCAUGGGAGCUGGUUUCUAUGAUGGGCUCCUGCUCUUGCUGUUGCACCUGUUAAGCCAGGGCGAUGCAGCAGUGGUGUGGGACUUUGCUAGCUCAGAACUUUGGAGCGUUGUGUGGCAUCGCUUUGCCAUGGUGCUCCACUUGACCACUCAGGCUCCAGUGAUGGAAGGAGAGACCCCAAGGACUGGCCAGCAUUCCCCAGAGCCACACUGGAACCUCAUCUCACCACAAGGAGCCUUGGUAUUCCUCAGCUUAGCACUCUUCGUCUUCAUGCGAGAGCCUCACCAGUGUCUGCUCCAGCUGGCCCAGCCCAAUGGAGUUAUCAUGGCAACCCUGAACAAGCUGCUUGAACCUGACUUCCUUGAGCACUUGGCCCAGACGCAGGUGCAGGAAGAUGGUGAACCAGAGCUGGUGCCCGCUGUCGUGCUCCAAGUCUGCCAGCUCUUUUGUUUUCCCUUUGCUCUGGAUAUGGACCCUGAAAUUUUACAGCUUAUCAUGACAAGUCUGAAGGAUUAUGAAAUACCUGCCCGAUUACUCCAGGUCUGUACUCACACUCUUCCCUUCUCUGAGACUGAGUUGCCACUGAGUCUCCUGUGUCACUUGGUACUGAGUGAUGAAGAGGUCAUUGAGCAGGUGGUAGGAGUAGCUUCCUCCAAGCACACCAUUGCCUUCUUGUCAGCUGUUCUGCUAUCUGACCAGACAACCCUGACUGCAGACCUGUUGUCCCUCCUUGCCCAUGUAGCUCGGGCUGGUGCAACCCACCUGCCUUUCCUGCAGAAGCUUUUCUAUGGGUCAGACUCUGCCUCCCAGCCACUGAGCCGCCUGCUGUGCCACCAGGAGCCUGUAGUUCGUGCCAGGACCUGCACCCUUGUAGGCAACCUGCUGCGCCACAGACAGGGCUUUCCUCAGGUGCUGCAGGGCCAACUUGGGCUGUUGGAAUGUCUGCUGGAACAUCUUUCAGAUGAGAAUGAACAUGUCCGCCGCUCAGCCAGUUUUGCUGUUGGCAAUGCAGCCUACCAGGCUGGUCCUCUCAUGCAGGCCCUCAGCAAAGCCGUGCCCUGGGUAGUUCAGCUCCUGAGCGAUCCUCAGGCCAAGACCCGUUGCAAUGCAGCUUCAGCACUGGGUAACUUGGGCCAGCAGUCAGCAGAGGUGGAGGAUUUGCUGAUCCAGAGCAGAGCACCUGAUCUUCUGUUGCAUGUGGCCUGCCAUGACUCCCAGCCUGCUGUGCAAGAGGCAGCGCUUAUUGCUCUUCGCUCCAUGGGCCGGCAGCCCAGGAUCCACCAGGUGCUGGUCUCACUCAGAGCAAGUGAGAAGCUGGAAGCACUCUCCCUUAGAGAGUCUCGGACUAGUGCCUAUAGCAACCUGCGGCCCUCAACAACAAAGCACUGCAAAAAAUUAAUCCAUCUCCUGCAACCUGUGCAUAGCGCCUGAGAAUUUGGAAGAGGACAUCCCUGUCCCUAUUUCUCCUUCCCAUCUUCUGAACCUUGGAGAAUCAAAUACUAUUGUAGCUAUUUUUAGGAGUGUUCUUCAGUGUGCCUUAAUGUCUGGGGGCUUUUUCCUUUUUAACUGAAGUUGAAAAAAGCCAUUCCAGAGAUCUGUAAACUUCUUUGUGGCAUCUGAAUGGGGAAAGUGUGCUUGUUCAGUAAGGACAUAAUCCAAAUGGACUUGUGCAACUGACAGGCUGUUUGUACUGUACCUGUUUCCUGUUGUAAAACUUCAAGAAAAAAGCCAGAUGCACUGUUGCCUAAGUGAAGAGAGCACUGUAUAGUUCAUGUGUAAGAACAAUUAUAACCUAGCUCUAGUACUCCCAACAGCAAGUGCUUUGGAAUGUUGGUCUUCCAUACAGUUCAUUCUUCUGAAACUUUCAUCCUUCCCCCUUAAAUAUGAAAGGUAGAAAACCAUCAUUCCUGCUUAAAAGAGCAAACAUCAGUAUUGCUCACCAAAAGGCCUCCCUUUCUUUGAGGUUUGCUGGUUAACUUAUGGGACAAAAGCUAAGAGCAUCUUGGAGUAGGAACAGCUAGCUUCUGUCCGGACUCCUGAUCAGUCUUAAUACGUUGCAUCCAUCAUUUGUCAUCAAAGACUCCAGUAUCUUAUUUAUUGAGGAUUUUGCUAUGAACAUGGCCGGGUUGGUCUUUUGACUUAAUAUUUUCUAGUAUGCCUUUGUAAUAAAAGCUGGUUUCUUUCCUAA